AUGGGGCGGAUAGAGGACCUUGAGCGCAAUGAGCGGCUACAGGUUAUUCUGCGUAGCAUGGACGACAGUCCCCACCUCGUGUACCAUACGGAAGGGCCAUUACGUAUCCACAGACAUGGAAGGAAGAAGAAGGUGCUGCUUGCUGCAACACCGUUUUAUCUCUACCUACUAAAGGUCAAGGGAAUGCGUUUCUAUGCACGGUGGCCCAAUAUCCGCUUAACUGCAUCCCUUCGGGACAACGUCUUGCUUAUUGAAUCGGAUACCAACUUUGAGGAAACGGAAAAUGGUGCUGGAGGCGCCGUAGUCAACGGGAAGAAUGCAUCUGGCGAUGAUUUCCGUUCUGUGAUGUUAUUCGGAACGGCCUUUGUGGAUUUGCGGGAAGUCGAGCAACGUCUAAUGGAACUCACAUGCGACGCGCGGUUACGCGCGGAGCAACUUGCUAAAGAUGAAAUACAAUCAGUGAGUAUGCGGGAGUUAUAUGCUGAUGAAAAAGCUGUUACCUCAAAAGAUCCCGACAGUGGGGAGAGUGAAGAGGAGGAAGAAGAGGAAGAAGAGGACGGGGGCCCUGUGUGGGGACAGGGGCAACAACAGCGGGCCGCUCUCUCUCGGCAGCGCGACGGGGAACAGAGUAGCUUGUUUCAAAAAGCCCCGUCACGGUACCUGGCGGUGACAUCAAUUGUCGAUGGAGAGUUUACCGAUUAUAGCACCUUGAAGAAUGCGUAUAUUAGGAAUGAGGAAGAUGUUCUGUUGGAAGACAUAGCGACCUUCAUUAACGAGAAUAAAGGUCAGGUAGAGAAGCUCUGUGAACGUCACUAUCCGGUGUUUCUGCAGGCGGCACGUCAGUGCACUUCGAUUUCUGAGGAUGAUGCUAAGCUAGUUGGGCAGGAACUCAGCGGUGCCAUUGAGCUUGUCCGUUCUUCCGCGAUGGACAUGAAGGUCGCGGCUGCAGAACUCACUCUCUCCCGUCGUGUGAAGGAUAACGUGGCGCGCGUACGUCUGCUCCUGCAUGGGGCUCUUGAGGUUGCUGAGCAUCUGGAAACAACUGAAGCGCGCCUCCGCCAGCAGCAGCUUCUCGGUGCCGUUGUUUCACUUAAGCAGCUCCUUCAGAUGGCAACACCACUAAUUGAGUAUACUUUAGGUGACUAUGUUAUAAAUCAGCGUGUACCUCAGAUAGCGCAUGAGAUCUUUACAUGUGCGAUUCAGCACCUCAACGCGUGGCUGAAACUUCUGCGUGAAAUGUCGCUGCCCAUUGGCACGGCUGCAAUGACAUGGAGGGGUACCGUGGACCCCGGAUCUGUAGAAAAGGAAUUACACAUGACAGAUGAGGGUGAGUGGUGGGUGGAGCUAAGCUGUACAUCAGCGUUCAUUAGACGGGCUCCAUUCGCUGAAGCCGAGGGUAUUUCGAAGGUGCUACGAGGGGCCGCCAUGCAGGAAGUAUUUGAGGAACUUCGGUGUGGAGCGUAUUAUCGAAACUAUUACAUAGAUUGCCGCGCGCAACAAGCGAAGCUCGACCUUUACGACACACCUCUGCAUACGGAGGGGGUUAGCGGAAAAGCACUUGUUGAGGAUUUAAACACAUAUUGCGCCACUGCCCUUGGCUUUAUUCUUAUUGAGGACAUUGUAUAUCACGUUACGGAUCCACACAUGCAGUCAACGGCGGAGGUACUUUGCAUGUGGGAUCAAAUUUCGCAUGCCAUAGCUGAGCGAGCACGUUGCGUUACAUCAGCGCUGGCAAAUGAUCCCGACUACACAGAGCACGUGGUAGAUGUGUUUCGUUUGCUACGACGUUUCGUCAAUAUCGCUGUCGACUCCGUUGUCAGUGUCCGUCUAAGUCCCGUCAUCGUUUCACGUAUGUUGGAAGUUAUGAGCGACAGUAUUAUUAGUACAUGGCUGCAGGAAGCCUGUGUGGAAGCAUCACAGAUUGUGUCUAAUGACACGUUGCAGCCAAUAUCUGUGGGAACGGACGAGGAAUAUAACGCAUACGUCAAGCGGUUCUCGUUUGACCGCUACAAAGAUAUCGAACUUUUCAUCCCUUCUGGCGACCUCAGUGCUGGGGAAGUCGUACUCCCAUAUGCUCUGCUCGUCCCAAAAAUUGGUGAAACGGCGCUUCGGUUCUUGGCGCGCUGCCACUCUAUAAUUGAGGUGAACAACGGAGCCGUGGCGCGGCAGUCCGAGUUCAAUAACGUGGAUGAGAUGUUGCUGAAGUACCUCUCCGUACUGUUCCGCACCGUAGCGGGCGUGAUGCAAGGCCAUUUGGCGUCAGUAGAAGGUAACGCAAUGAUGAAACUUGCAGUGUAUGUAACAUCGUGUGCUGUCAUGCCCAUUAUUCUCUCAUGUGUGGAACAGCAAUUUGUGCUUGCUUGGCCAGGUGACUACGGCGGACUACACAGACGAAAGAAGCUAGGGGAGCCACAACUCCUCGACUCAUCGUCGUCCCUUUUCGCGAAGGAGGUACAGAAUGGUAUCGGGAGGCUGCUCCCGUCGUUCAUGAGGGAGGUGGAAGAACGGCUAAAACCAACAGCCGACGUAAAUCACUGGAAGCGGCUCGUCGCAGUCCGCCAGGGUACGGUUUCCCAUAGUGUAGAAUCAGGAGUGGGGACGGUUUUUAGUGGUGACGAAGUAAAUGUAGAAAAUGGAGGGCUGAUUGCCGCAAUGGAUUUCAUCAUCGGAACUAUUCCAAAACUAUUGGCGGUGCUACAAGUGUCUGUUACUCGCAGUGUGUUAAGUACUGUAAUAACUCAGGCUGCUAUUACUGCUCAAAUGAACAUAGAACAAGCCAUUCACGCUGGAAUUGGGGAUGGGGGCUCCAGUGACCUAACUGAGUUACGCGCUUGUGUAAAGGAGUUUGAACAAAUUUGCGCAACCCAUAUACCCCAGUGGAAGCAGCGCAUUGCAGCAUCAAUCAGUGAGAUGACCGUUGCUCACCGGUUCCCCCUGAACCCGACGCAAAUUGCGGAUGAUCUGUUAGCGUGGAUCGCAAAUAAGGAGGCCGCGCUAAAGCGAACUUUAUAG